ACUAUAGCGAGGUCAUCAAAACGAUUAAUCAGCUGUGUUCUUAUCCCUUUCGUCACUAAAUUCUUGUAGAUUCCGCAUCAGGGAAAAAGUCACCAUGUUCAAGAGGCUGUCGGAGCGCUUCCCCGCGGCGGCCACGCGGCUAGAGGCGUAUACUGGCGUAGGCAGCCACGACGACAAGACAACUUCUCCUUCCUCGGACGCCGACACGGCCGGAUCGCCGUCUCCAGCUCAGGAAUCCGACGCCACGGCUCCAAGUCCGCCCCCACCUACACUCUUCGGCGAGGAUAUGUCCCCGAAGAGUGAUGAUCACCAAUCGUCAACUCUAAAGGCAACUUUGACCGAGCGCUUCAACUCGGAGUCCGUGUCUGCAGCGGCUUCCACUAUGAUGGGCUUCAUGCAGAAGGCCAAGGUGGUGGCAGCCACAGCGGCCAAAGAGGGCGCCGUGAAGGCGCGUAAGGCUCUGGACGCCGCCGACAUGGACGCACUACAGCGCCGACUCAGCUACGCGCUGGAUCGCUCCACAGGCGAGGUGAAUUUGGAGCUGCUGAACUUCUCUUACGUUACAGAAAACCUCGUGGCUAUGGGCUUCCCCAAUAUGAAUCUAGGCACGAACCGCACGCUACUGAAGGACAAUCCUAUUGAUCUGGUGGCCAUGUACCUCAAUGACAAGCACGGGGGCCACUAUAUGAUCUGGAACUUGAGUGAGGAGACGUACGACUACUCGUACUUCGACAAUCAGGUGCUGGAGUUCAACUUCCCAGGCCAUCCGGCGCCUCCACUUGGUCUGGUGUUCAAGAUCUGUUCGUCCAUUGAGAGCUGGCUCCAGGCCGACGAGAAGAACCUCGCAGCAGUGCAUUGUCUAACAGGAAAAGGACGGACAGGCACUGUACUCGCCUGUUACUUGGCGUGGGUGGGACAGUUCCCAAAUGCCAUGGAGAGCUUGGAAUAUGUCGCAGAACAACGACAAACGUCGGUCGAGAAACUUACAAUUCCGUCGCAACGCAGAUACAUUCAGUAUUUUAAUAAUGUGAUGGACGGUGUGAAGCCGCGAUCGUCGCCGUUGCUGCUGCGUCGUGUGAUUAUCAAUACAAUUCCUGUGUUUGGAGAGCGACGAGUGCUGGAGCAGGCGAAGAAAGACUCAUCUACGGAUGACGGAUCGGAGACGGUUGGAGUGGAAGGCGAGGCGUUGACAUCUGCUCCGACUGAGGAAACAGAGGAGGAAGACAUGAUUGAAACCAUCGAAGAGGGCUGCUGCCCGUAUCUGCAGAUCUUCAAGGGAGGAAAGUUGGUUUUCACUACAACGUGGCAAGAUAUGGAGGACGGACACGGGAUUCAGUGGGCCAGCACAGGAGACGGCUCAGUGUCGUUCAACGUGAACUGCAUGCUGCAGGGAGACAUUUUGAUCCGCUGUCGCCAUCUGACGGAUGCUGGAGAACGCGUUUCGAUGUUCCGUGGUGCAUUCCAUACAGGUUACAUCCCGCAAGGCAUUUUGAGGUUGACCAAGGCCCAGUUGGACGGCGCUUGCAGUGACCCCCGCUUCGACCAGGAUUUCUUUGUCGACUUGAUAUUUGCAGACGUUGAAACUGAAGGGAAAACUUCAACUGCGGAUGCCAGUGAUGAGUCCGUCAAUACUAGUACCCCCAAGAGUGAAGGUGUUUCGUUGAACGAGGAGGAUCGCCAAGCGUACGAAGACAUGCUUCACCGGGAUGAAGCCUUUUGGCAGGAUAUUGAGGACAGGAAGAAGAGACUUCAAAAGCAACGUGAGGAACAGUUGAAGAAGAAGAAAGCGGAGGCGGAAGCGAAGGCUGCCGCUGAAGCUGCUGCAAAGGCUGAGGCUAAGGCGAAGGCUGAGGCGGAAGCCGAAGCUGCGAGAAAGGCACAAGCUGCGCAGAAACAAAAUUCGUUCAGCAUUAGUGGUGCAGAUGAAGACACAGUCGGUGCGAAGAAGGUUAACCGCAAGGGUAGUUGGAAUGAGGAGAAGGACAAGCAACUCAUGAGCGAACUUGAGUCUUUAACGAGUGGAGCGUUGGCCAAGGCCGCCGAAGAUGUUGGGGAGGAAAAGGCUGCAGUAUCUACGGGUGGAAACAUUGACUCAACUGACUUGUCGAAAGAGUUUGAUGAGAUGAAGAAUCUGGAGAAGGAGUUGGGUCUUCAGUCGUUCUCUAGCGACUUGGCAAGUCUUCCGGACGGUAAGAUCGACCCUCAGCUGGAGCUUCUUGAUGCUGAGCUAAAGGGUCUUGAAGGUUUAUCCCCAAAGGCUGGCGAUGAUACCGACGACGUGAUGAAUUUCGGAGCUGAUGAUUUUGAGGAGUUAGAAGAGUAUUUGAGUGGCCUCUCGACUAAGUGAGGGCAGUCAUGUCCACGCUGUAGCUCCCCAACAUUUAAAGUCCCCUCGUAGUGGAUAUAAUAUACUGAUCUUGCGUGUGAAAAUCGAAGAGUGUGAUAACAAGGUGGUAAGCUUGGACACAUAUACGCUAUUCGUAUUGUUACUUGCCACUUACUACACACUUACACAUGUAC